GGGGAUGGAAAGGGGCACAGCCCCUCUCUGCGGGCUGGGCUCCUCCUCCGCGUUAGCCGAGCACUUUCCAAUCGACUCUUGGCAACGUCUGGCCUAGGAACGCAGCAGCUGCGUUAAACAAAGCAGGACGGAGUCCGUUUUCCACCAGCGUUUCUUUCCGACCGCCUCAAGCCCGCGCGUUUCGGCGCCGGGAGCGUUACCGAGGGGCGGGAGCGUGCGCGGGGCGGCCCGGCCCCGCCUCCCCCUCUCCCCCUCAUAAAGGCCGCGGAGCCGCUCCGCGCGGUCCCGCCGCCGAGAUGCUGCCCGCGGGCGGGCCGAGCCCCGCGCACACCUGCGGGGCCGUGCUGGUGGCCGCCGUGCUGCUGCAGUCCGUCUGCGUGGCCGUCACCUACAUCUACUUCACCAACGAGCUGCAGCAGCUCCGGGACACGUACUCCAAGAGCGGCACUGCGUGUCUCACCGGGGAGGAGCUGGGAGACCUCAUCCAGAACUUGGACGUGGUGGAAAGCAAAGACAGAGUGGCUGACCCCUGCUGGCAAGUGAAGUGGCACCUGGGAAAGUUAAUUAAAAAGAUGAUGUCAAGAAUCCUUCAGGAAAACAUGCCUGCAAUCAACGGUGACAGGACCCAGGCACUGCCGCGCAGGGACGAGCCGCCGCAGAGCCCCACGCUCAGGAUAGCAGCACACCUGACGGGCAGCAGCAAGAGGAGCUCCGCGUCCUCGCACAUAGAUUACUUGUCCCACAAAGGCAUCGGGCAGAAAAUCCACAGCUGGGAGACGUCGAGGAGAGGCCACUCCUUCCUCUACAACGUGGAGGUGUGGAACGGUGAGCUGGUGGUGCCCCAGACAGGCUUCUAUUACAUCUACUCACAGACUUACUUUCGCUUCCGGGAAAACGAGAACGAGGACUCGGGUUUGUUGGAACGAAUAAGGAAUCCCAAGCAGCUCGUCCAGUACAUUUACAAACUGACAAAUUACCCGGAUCCCAUUCUGCUCAUGAAAAGCGCAAGAACGAGCUGCUGGUCCAAAAAGGCCGAGUAUGGACUUUACUCCAUCUACCAGGGUGGGGUGUUCCAGCUGAAAAGGGACGACAGGAUUUUUGUCUCGGUCAGUAACAGUGACAUAGUUGACAUGGACAAGGAGGCGAGCUUUUUUGGAGCCUUUAUGAUUGGCUAAAAGAUGAAAAUCACGCUCUGGAGGAAGCAAAGCCGGGACCAACCCAAAAUUCUGUAAAACAGGAUACGAAGCACACACCGUAGCAACACCAGCAAAACCAGGAGCCCCGUUUUCUGCUCACUCCCUCACUGCCAUGGCCAGGAAGGAGCCUGGCGGUGGCAGGUUGGCAAUGCUCUGCGGGUGGCCCAGUGCUGUGCUGUGUCCUGCAUGUACCACGGAGCUGCUCCGGGUGCUGAUGGGGCUGGAGGAAAGUUCCAGCUGUCAUAGGUAUCUCUCAUGCAGGGAGCCCUCCUAGUCCCCAGUGGAAUUAUUCUGGAAGUUUUUGUCGGAACCCGAGUUUUCCAAAAGGGAAAAGCCAUCAGAAGGUCACGCUGCACCUCUUCAUCUCAUCUCCCAAAGCACUUAAGCACCUAAUUAAUUUUAAGCGCACACAGUCUGACUAAACCCAGGGUAUUUACAUGCUUCAAAUUAAAUAUGUGCUUAAGCAUUUUUUUUUUUCCAGGAUCAUGGCUUGAAUAAGCACACUACUCUGCCUUAAUCAGUGUAUCGCACGUAAAAACAGCUGCUGAAAGGGCACAGGAGAGGUUUUGAAAUCAAUCAGUAUUUUGGGAUCAGCACAUUACGGCAGCGCCUGUUUACCUAAUGGCUGUACUGCAAAGAUUUCACCGCGCCUCCGACAGCCUCAGUAAUGCAGUUACACCUGUUGACAGCAAGUACUUGAUAAAAAAAAAUAAGUGUUUUUCUCUCAAUGCUGAAUUCUAUUUGACAUUUGCCACAAAUUGAGCGUGACACAGUUAUUCCGUGUUCAUUUCCACUGGCCUGGAUUUUGUAAUGGUGCAAGGCAGAAUGACAGCUUGCUGAGUAACGUUUUAGGGAAAACAUACGCAACUAUCCAUACUUAACCAGCAGCUACAGUUCAGAUAAUGCUGUUUUGAUGUUUAUUUUGUUUGUAGGAAUGGUUGAAAAGUUGUUCAUAACUUCUUUUAAGUUUAAACUGACCACUAAUUCUACGAGCGGGACUAUAGUUGGAUGUAAGUGUAAGGUGGAUGGGCAUAAAUGAGCACAUCUGCAGCAAUGUCACUGUAAAUACACUAAUCCACACUGUGCAUGCAUUUUGCCCGGGUUCAGAGAUACCACUGGGAAACAGAAGGUGAAAGAGGGAAAAAAAAAAAAUGGAGGAAGGAGGUAGUCGCUUUGCAAAUGCUACUUUCAGUCAACACAAUAUUGCCAGGAGAAAACCUGUUUGUCUGUUUUUGUGUUUUUUUUUUUAAAUAUAUUAAGGUUGCCGUGGGAACCUUCCCAUUCACCUUCCAUUGUGGUAAUUAAAUCACUGUGCAGCCCUCGUGUACGGACCUUGUGCACAGAUAGACGUGCAUCAUUAUCUCUGCUUUGUCAACAAGAGGAACUGAAGGGGCACAAGCCCCACUGCUCACCUUGGCUCCCGUGGUUGCUUGCUUCAAUAGUGGAGACCUUCAUUGGAGCCCUCCUUUUGUUCUUAGGACAAAAAACAACGGGUGUGAGCCUGAAAUGACAAGUCAAACUUCAGUCUGCUGUUCCAACACAGCAUCGCAUGUACUGAGUUCAGCGGUGAUCAAAUAUGUGAAUUUCUCCACCGUUUACUAGAACACACGGUUUGGAUCAAACUCAAAUCUGUCUCAGUGUAGAACAGAAAACAUACCUGAGGGUUUCUUCGUGAUCUCAGGACUUAAUUCAGAAAUGUUUUUGCCCGGCAGAGAAGGAUGGGGAGAACAGAGCCGUUCCCAACAGAAAUGGAUGCUGCUGUAUUUGGAAAAUGGACUUUUGUGGCUGCUUAUCUUAUCAAACAGACCAGGCUUUUUUUUUUUUUUUUUAAAGCGAUUUAUGUUGAAAAAUGUUUCUUAAAGUUAUUUGAAAGAGAUUUAUUUGAACUGUGAAAAAGCAUUUCCAGUGCUUUCUUAAGAGUCAGAAGCCCUCCAUGUGGGUAAGAAGCAAUCUGUGUAAUGUAGUGGUUGUGGGCUGACAGAAGGGGAUCCGUAGGGAUCCCCUUGCUUACAAGCUCCCGUGCUUACAGCUGACAUUAAGACAAACUAUGACACUUUCUGCUUUAUUCAGUGUUCUCUCUCCAGCUCCCAGUAUAUAAUUGGGAAUGCUUUGCUUAGGGAACUCUGCUGGGCAUUAUCUUUUUUAAUCUAAAUGUACCUAUUCUUGGGCCCUGCAUGCAGAGCAGAGGAUCACACCAACUAAUCACAUCUUAUUUCUGAGUAAUCCAAAGGCAUGCUUGCCAGAUAUUAUCCUGGGGAGAGACUAUCAAGUGGUAUGUGACAGGACAUGCUUGAAGAUUAAUGGAAAGAUGCAUCAACCUCUGAUUGUACGUUUGCACCGAGUCAUACUUCUCAUCUCACUUUAUGAUGAAUGGUGAAUGUAGCAAAUUUUUCUAUGUGGGUGUGGGUUGCGGUAAACAUGUAAGUAUUGUCAUUUUUUCUACAUCUGUUUUAUAUAAAAUGUUUUUAGUAAAUA